AUGUCUCCACUUUCAUUAACUUCUUACACUUCCGCUCAACUUUUACAAGAACUAGAUAAAAGAAAAGCCUCUAUUAUUCCUAUAGCUGUGAAAAGAUCUAGUUAUGAGAUUUACUAUUCCCUGAAAUACUGUAGACUCGGAACUGACGUCAAGAAAGCGGGACGACCAAUCAGCGCUUUCGACCGAAAACAUGACUUCGCCUACGGAACCCGCAGCAAAAAGACAGCGAACAUCGAUGAACGUUUCAUUCGCUGCUGUGACAGAAGAGAUACCGGAUUGCUCGGAACAAUCGCCAAGCUUCCUUUCAGAGCUAAGCAAGCCAUCGACAAGCUCAUCUACAACACAGACCGACACUUCCGCCCACAUGUCGCCGGAACCAGAGAACAACCAUACCCCGGAGAAAAGACCCCCGACUCCGAGACCCCAGGAAUCGAAACCCGUGGAGAUCAUCAUAACCCCACCAAACCGCAUAAACGAACCGGACGAGAACUUCACUCCAACCCCCAAGCUGCCAAGAAGCUACAUCUGCCCUCAAGCACCGCGAAGGAAACGGCCUCUGCGGCGUCCGCGCCGACUGCUGUCUCCGAAGGAGUUGUUCCCGCCGAUGACAACGGAGGAGGGCCAAUAGUUCAACAAAUGGUCCAACUACCUAAAGGUCCAAAAAGAAUCACAUUUGACUUUGCCAGGAUCUUUAAACACUGUAUAUUACUCCCCGUAAUAUACAUACGAACUAAAAACAACCGGAGGAGCGGUCAUGCCUAACCAGACCUUCAACCUAUUUCCGUUCUUGGAAUGUUUUGAAGAUCAUGGUAGACAACUUCCAAUCCAAAGUUUCCAUAUUUGGGACACAGAAACAGCUGAAAAAUGCCUUCCAAAUAAAGCCAUUAAAUUUAACGAAGGUGGAAACAUGACAUUGAUGGAAAUGGCCCUAAGACGUCCUUCCUUUCACAUGGACGCCAUAUUUGAUAGAUAUUUCAUGGCGGAAGGUGCAGACAAACCGGUAGACGAAAAUAAAUACGAUAACUUAUACCAAGCAUGGUUCAACGUAUAUAACUCUGAAAAUUUCGGAGACAAUACAACCAAAUACCGAAUACGGAUACACAUGGCAUUGUGGAACGCAUGACGCUGGAAUGUGGAGAACAGCCCUCCAACCUUCCUUAGAUAAUCACAUGAUUAAUCCAAUUGAAGAUGCUAAAAAAGCAUACAGUUAUUGGGAUAAACGUAGUGUAAACUACCAUCAAUCCUUUGUUGAUGGUUUGUCUUUAAUCGUACUGACCUAAAUAACAAUGAUAGACUCUUCCGUAUCCCCUUUAAUAUUUGUAAGACCAACACAAUUACAUACAACCGAUGGUUCCUACGAAAAGGUCUUCUUCCAAGUUUUCAUCACCUAUCACAUGAAAAUCGAAGUUGAAAUGUACGACAUUGUAUUCAAACCCAUAUGGUAUAACUAUGACAUGUCCAUGGACUUCCCAUAGAACCAAAACAGACUCUUUAACAACGAAGGAACAAGGACAAGAAGACGUCAGCAGCAAAAGCCCAAUGGUCAGGAUGUAACGCGUAUAACUUGGUCACCGGAUCAGGAAGCGGCUAUGUAAUUUAAUGUA